AUGCCUCUUCACCUUCUUGGUAAGAAGUCAUGGAACGUCUACAAUCCCGAAAACAUAGCCCGCGUCCGGCGCGAUGAAGCCCAAGCUCAAGCACAGGAGGAGGAGGAGGAGCGUCGCAUGCAAGAAGAUGAUGCUCAGCGGCGGAUUGCAAUCCUUCGCGGCGAAGAACCACCUUCUCCUCCGCCACGAGUGUCUGAUCCGUCGUUAUCGCAACAUGACAGAAAAGCUCACGCCGAUCCAGCACGAAGCUACAGAAAACGAAGGCGCCUAGCAGGUGAAAACGAUACAGAUCGAGAUAUCAGGUUUGCGCAAGAAGAUGCAGAAUUCGCGCGGGCAAAGCGAGAGGAAUUAGUACGCGCCCACAAGAACAAAAGCGACGCGCCACUUCACGACAUAAAUGGACAUAUAAACUUGUUCCCCGACGAGGAUGGCCGCAAGCGCACAGAAAAGAAUGCCGAAGCAGAGAAAGAGGCGGCCGACAAACAACGGAGAUAUGAGGACCAGUAUACGAUGCGGUUCUCGAAUGCAGCUGGUUUCCGACAGAACAUUGGCCAGAACCCUUGGUAUUCAUCUUCUCAAAGUAAUAGUGCGGCGCAAGCAGCAGCACCAAGUAAGGACGUUUGGGGUAACGAGGACCCUAUGCGAAGAGAAAGAGAGAAAGCGCGAAUGGACUCUAACGAUCCUCUUCUCGCCAUGAAGAAGGGAGUCCGUCAGCUUAGGUCUGUUGAAACAGAACGAAAGAAAUGGAACGAGGAGAGGAGUCGAGAACUUGAUGCGUUGAAAACCGUUGACGAGGCCCGGUCGCGUCGCCGUAGAAGACGCUCGCUUUCGGAAGAUAGUCUUGAAAAUUUCAAGCUCGACGAAUAUUCGGAUAAGCACCGGAAUGAUAAGGAACGAAGGUCACACAAAAGUCAUCGGCAUGGCCGCGAUAAAACGUCCAGUCGCUCACACAGACACCACUCCGUUUCAAGGCCUCGCUCCCAUUCUCAUCGCCACCAUUGCGAGUCAUCACAGGCGCGAUAG